AUGCGUCAACAAUUCCUCCUCUCCCUCCUCUUCGCCUUACUGGGCACAGUAUCGGCUCAGUUCAACUUCUUCGAGCAGAUGUUCGGGGGCGGCGGCGGAGGCGGAGGAGGCCAGCACCACCACCAACAUCAGCAGCAGCAAAAUGCACCUUCGGAUUCUGGCUGUGCCAUGGCAGCUCACUGCGAUAACUACCUCUGCCCAGACACGCUCGCCUGCGUGCACUUCCCACACCACUGCCCCUGCGCAUGGCCUAGCCACGAGGACAAGUUCGAGCUGGCGGACGGACAGCGUGUCUGUGUUUCAAAGGGCGGGUUCAAGGCUGGGGAGGCGGCUAGGAAGGUCGAGCUGGCGAGGAAGGGGCUGCUGUGA